AUGUACAAACGAUUUCGUUGUGGUCUUCUGAUGCUUAAUAAAGAUGGCACAGUAAAAAAAGUCGAUCUUGCAAAUGGUGGUGGUUUUCGUUUAUGUGAUUGGCAUAAUAAAUCCAUGAGCCUGAUUGACGUUCGUCAUCUUCUUCUUAACAUUUUUAAGUUGGAUGAUACUAAACUUCAAACAUCAUUAUACGAUUUUAAACUCGAUCCGUUGAAUCUCGAACAAUAUGAAACAUUUUUUGAAUACAUUCACCAGAACGGAUUGAACUGUGCAAGUGCAGUUGUAUAUAUUUGCACUCAUGAAGCUAAUACCAAUGAUACAACCAGAAAAACGACAACGACAAAUGAAAGCAAACCUAAAAUGACAACAUCAGCGAUUUCAUUAAUAACAAAACAAGAAACAUCUGUACAAACAACAACGAAUCUAUCCACAACAUCAAUAGAAUAUCAACAUCUUGUUGAUGAUGAACAAGAUUUCGAAGAAGAACACGUUUAUGACUCGUUACGGGACUAUUCAUUUAAAAAAUCAAUUACUUCUAUAAUGAAAAAUGUUCGUGACUUGGUUAGUCAAAAUAGUUUUGACGCAAAUUUGAUUAAAUUAUUUGAGAAUGUAUCGAUCGUUUACGGUUAUACGUGUUUAACAAUGGAUUCAUUAAAACAUCACCUUCGACAAUCAAAAAUAAAAUUUCAAUUAAUUGAUCAAAACAAUGUUACAAUGCAUACGAAUUGUUUUCUUAAUAUUUUUAGUAUUUCUGAGUUAAUAAGAAGCCUACUUAAAAAACAAAAACAUAAAUUUAGUCACAUUGAACUUUAUUCAACGAUUCUUGCAGCAGUUAAUGAAUUCUAUGAAAAAUUAAAGGUUAUGCGUAGUAAAUGGUUUAAACUUGUGAAAAAAAACGACAAAGCUUAUCGUCGUUCAUCUUCAUUUACUCCGCCAAUUGAAUUAGAAACAUCAACACUGUCUCAUUCGCAUAUUGAAUUUUUAUCGUGGGAUAAUUUUCACAAAGAUGCAAGAAACCUCAGUAGAUACAGUCGGAAAAAUGUUGACACGGUUCAAAAAGUAUUGAAGUGUGCCGGAGAAUUAUUAGAUAUUAUGCAUGACCCAAGUUUAUCAACACUUCGUGCUACGAUUCAAUCAAUAAUCGCUAGGAUAGAAUCUAUACGAUCAACUGUUAACAUGAAUGAUUAUAAAUCUAUAAUUGGUGCACACAAAGUAGUGUUUUUGGUAAAACGUCAAUAUUCAGGAAAAAUUAUUAACAAUGCUUUUACAUCACCUUGGUAUAAUAUUACUCUAGUCGUUAAGCAAGCAUUUAAAAAAACAUUCGCAGCAAUAUGCGAGCUAAAUAAAGAUCUUAAAAAUAUUCAAUUCCGGCAAAUAAGGAUCCAACGAAAAGAAGAACGCAAUAAUCCACGUUCUUAUCCACACUGGUCACGAGGAAUGGAAAAUAGAGAAUCACUUGAACAAAAAUUAGAAACUUCAGAUGAUGAUAUUGAAGCCUUGUCAUCUGCAAGUGAACGUUUACCGUAG